AUGCCCUCCCGCGCCGACAUCACCUACUUCGGCGCCGGCCCCGCGCUGCUGCCCACCGACGUCCUCGAAACGGCCUCGCAAGCCCUCCUCGACUUCAACGGCACCGGUCUGGGCAUUGCAGAGCACUCUCACCGCAGCGAGAUCGCCACCAAGAUCAUUGAAGAGGCCAAGGCCGACCUGGCCACCUACCUCGACAUCCCCUCCGACUACGAGGUCCUAUUCAUGCAGGCCGGUGGUAGCGGCGAGUUCUCCGCCACCGUCUACAACUUUGUCGGCGCCUGGAUCGCCCGCCAGCGCGACGCUGUCCUGGCCAACCUCGGUGCCACCGAUGAGAAUGACGAAAAGGUCGUCGCCGAGCUCCGCAAGGUUGUCGACGAGAAGCUCAAGCUUGACUACCUCGUCACCGGAGGCUGGAGUCAAAAGGCCAGCGCCGAGGCUGCGAGGCUUCUCGGCCCAGAGUUCGUCAACGUCGCUGCCGACGCCCGCAAGAUCAACGAUGGCAAGUUUGGCAAGAUCCCCGACGAGAAGGACUGGAAGCUCAGCAAGGACGCCGCCAUGGUCUACUACUGCGACAACGAGACGGUCGACGGUGUCGAGUUCAACGGCUUCCCUAGUGCGCUGGCGCCCAAGGAGAAUGGCGAGGGCCCCAUUGUCGUGGCGGACAUGUCGUCCAACAUCCUCUCAAGGCGCAUCCCCGUCAAGAACUUCAGUGCCAUCUUCUUUGGUGCGCAGAAGAACCUUGGCUCGACUGGUAUCACUGUCGUUGUCAUCAAGAAGAGCCUUCUUGCCGCACAGCCCUCUCCUGCGCUUAUGCGCAAGCUUGGUCUCCCUAUCGCCCCCAUUGUUCUCUCCUACGAGACCAUUGCCAAGAAUAACAGCUUGUACAACACAUUGAGCAUCUUUGAUGUCUAUAUCGCCGGCCAGGUCCUCAAGAAGCUUCUCCGCACUUUCCAAAACAAGGUCGACGGCCAGGAGGCCAUCGCUGAUGAGAAGGCCUCUCUCAUCUACUCCGCCCUCGAGGCUCACCCCGACAUCUACCGCAUCGUCCCCGACAAGAGCGUCCGCUCGCGCAUGAACAUCUGCUUCCGCGUCACCAAGGGCGGUGACACUGACGCCGCGGAGAAGGCCUUCCUCAAGGAGUCUACUGCCCAGGGCCUCACCGGCCUCAAGGGCCACCGCAGCGUCGGCGGUAUUCGUGCCAGCAACUACAACUCUAUCCCUCUCGAGGGUGCCCAAAAGCUGGCCAAGUUCAUCGAGUCCUUUGCCCAGGCUUAA